AUGGCUCUGCGCGCGGAAUUCAGCACCGAGCAAAUCCGGGGCAAAGCGCGCAAGGACCUGCUCUACCUGCUCGAGGGUGUCCGCGGCAAGAAGAACCUCGUGUUUGACCGCAGCCUGGUCGGCCCCAUCGGCACAAUCGUCAAGGUUGCUACGCUUCAAGAGUAUGGCGUCGAUAAGUUCUUCAUUCUCGAGAAUAACAACGUGGAUGCGAGCCAGCGCAAUGUCGUCUUUGUGGCUCGUGGAGAAUGCGGCCGACAUGCAGAGGCCAUAGCAGCUCAGAUCAAACGAAUUCAGCGGGAAAGCCAGACGACUCAUGAUUUCCACAUAUUCUGGGUGCCUCGGCGCACUCUUGUAUCCGACCAACUGCUCGAGGAAGCUGGCAUUCUCGGCGACGUCAACAUAUCCGAGCUACCACUGCUCUUUUUCCCGCUUGAAGAUGACGUCUUAUCGCUUGAGUUAGAAGAUUCCUUCAAGGACCUCUACCUGUCCAAAGAUAUCACUCCAAACUUUCUCAUGGCCAAGGCACUCAUGGAAGUGCAGCAGAACCAUGGCUUGUUCCCAAGAAUCAUUGGUAAAGGCGACAAUGCGAAGCGGGUGGCCGAUCUCCUCGUUCGUAUGCGUCAAGAGCGGCUGGCGGGCGAGAAUGGAAGCGACGUCAAGACGGCACUUACCCCCAGCACGACCAAUGAGAGCGUCAUAAUUAUCGAUCGUGAAGUCGACUUUGUCACCCCGUUGCUCACGCAGCUAACAUAUGAGGGCCUCAUUGAUGAGAUUUUUGAAAUUCAGAAUAACCAGGCCAAGGUUGACACGACCAUUGUGGGAGCACCGGCGCAGUCUUCCGCGGCCACAUCACAGAGCAGAAAACGGACGGUUCAGCUCGACUCCAGCGAUAAAUUAUACGAGCAGUUACGCAAUGCAAAUUUUGCCAUCGUGGGCGGGCUGCUCAACAAAGUCGCGAGACGCCUACAAAAGGUCCAAACUGAUUACGAGAGCAAGCAUAAGACCAAGACGAUUGCCGAGCUCAAAGAAUUCGUGAGCCAACUACCUGGCUACCAACAGGAACACCAGAGCGCGAGGAUACACACCGGUCUCGCCGAGGAAAUCAUCAAGCACACGCGGACAGAUCUAUUCAAAGGCCUCCUGGAGGUUCAGCAGAAUCUAGCUGCCGGUGCCGAUCCAUCGUCGCAAUUUGACGGCAUCGAAGAGCUGAUAGCCAGAGACGCUCCCCUACGAGAGACGCUUCGGCUGCUCUGUAUAUACUCGUGCAUAUCUGGAGGUAUCAAGCCCAAGGACUUGGAGCAAUUCAAACGCCUAAUACUUCAAGGGUAUGGCUAUCAGCACCUCCUCACGCUCAACAACUUGGAGAAGCUCCAACUAUUCCUAUCGCGCUCAUCUCCACUUGCGGGUAUGAUCCCCAUGGCGGGGAAUUCUGGUGCUGACGGGAACAAAACCAACUACACGUAUCUACGAAAGCAGCUACGGCUGAUUGUCGAUGAAGUGCAAGAGGACGAUCCCAACGACAUCGCAUACGUGUAUAGCGGCUAUGCCCCUCUUUCGAUCCGACUGGUACAAUGCAUCCUUCAGAAACAGUACCUGCUGUCUAUAACGAAGGGCACCGUCUCAGCGAAUGCUGGCGGCGGUGCUCCCGGAGCAGGAACACAAGGAUGGCAAGGAUUCGACGAAGCUGUCAAGCACGUUCGAGGGCAGACUUUCUAUGAACUUCAGAAGGGCGAGGACAAGGCGGUCAAGGCAAGGGCCCUCUUGUCCGGCAGCGGACAUAAGCAGACAGUCUUUGUGGUCUUCAUCGGAGGAGUCACGUUUACUGAGAUUGCCGCGUUGAGAUUUAUCGCGAAGCAAGAAGAAGGUCGGAGAAAUAUUGUCAUCUGUGCGACUUCUAUAAUUAGCGGGAACCGCAUGAUGGACGCGGCAAUCGAGAAAGAAGCCCUUAUACACUCCUUAGCCAGUGAAGCUCCAAACGACUUAUUAUUCCGCUUACAAAAUAGGUAUAUACACCGCGAUCUAGAAAAGGAAGUGCCGAUUGGGCCGAGUUUUUCGUACCCGCAAGACGUCGACACCUCGUCGCCAAUAUCAAGCCUAGCGCCGGAGUCUGUCACCCACAGCCAGAGCCAGAGCCAGAGCCAGAUACCGGCGUCGCCCAGCAGCAGUCUAAGCUAUCCCCAGGUAUCGGGGCAGGGCUCGUCGGAUGAGUCUUCAGAGGUCGCACCCGAGAUUGUUGUGUGGACGGAAGAUAUGGAUCUGAGCAGCAGCAGCCUAUCAACCCAUGACCCAGAAGACUCUUCUGGCAUGCAUCUUGAUACGGAUGAUGAGAAGCAUCAGCACAGCGAUGAUAGCCCGCUACCAGUCGAACCCACAGACGACCCCAUUGCUGAGUCGUUCUCUUCUUCGCAUUCCUCCUUAACAGACCUUUCAGACGCUUCACGGUCUCCUUCAAUUGUCUCUAGUAAGGCUACGACACCUGUCGAGACUGAAAUACCUAGUCGCCCACAGGUUGUUAGGGCGGCACAAAGCUUUUCGGCAUCAUCGCACCGCCAUGAUAUUGAACGUUUGACCUUCAACGUUCGGCCGAAGUCAUCUGUCCCGACAGAUAUUCCAUCCUACCAAUAUGCCAGCGAGUGCAUCGCUGCCGCCGAAUCAUCGCGGCUAAAUCCGUACGCGCUACAUCCUGAAGAGUAUCACUUCCUGCGGCAUCACAUAUCCCACUCUCAAGUUACGACAUACCUGAAUAUCAGAAACGGCAUACUGCGCAUAUGGAUGAAGCAGCCAUCGGUCAGUGUAACACGGCACGAGGCGGUCGGAUGUGCUAAUGCGCGCUGGUUCGAUGCUGCGAACGUGUGUUACGACUGGCUGAUUCGUCGUGGAUACAUAAACUAUGGCUGCGUGCAGCUUCCUGAACCCCAAUCUGAACUCAGGAACGAGCCCCCUACAAAGAAGCGAAAGACUAUUGCUGUAAUUGGAGCAGGCAUCUCAGGCUUAUCCUGCGCCAGGCAGCUAGAUUGUCUCUUUAAGCAGCACGCGGGCCACUUCUAUGCAAGAGGUGAAGAGCCACCCAAGGUGAUUCUUCUCGAAGGCAGAGGUCGCGUUGGAGGCAGAGUGUAUUCUCGAGAGUUCAAAACAAGAACAUCCGAGAGCGAAAUUGAAUUCAAGGGAAAGAGACAUACCGCCGAAAUGGGUGGCAUGAUUAUCACGGGGUUUGAUCGCGGCAAUCCCUUGAACGUGAUUGUCCGCGGUCAGCUGGGUAUACCAUAUCAUUCCCUUACUGCUGAGACUACAAUUUACGACAGCAAUGGCAAACCGGUAGACCCAAUCAGGGAUCUCCUGGUUGAAAAACUCUACAAUGAUUGUUUAGAUCGCGUCAGCGAGUUCAAGUUCAAGUCCCAGCCAUCCAAGUUGAUUGAGGGCAACCGUGACCUAAUCGAUGAUGGUCGGGAUAGCCCCGGAGACGGCUCCAAGACGAUAAUGCAAGCUGAAGAGGCCACCGCUGCGCUUCCCGAUGCUCCAUCAGUGUCCCAACAAAACGUACCCGAGACAGUAAACAUGGUUCCAGUCUCUGCAGAUAAGCUGACGGGCCGAGUACAUAACGAGCCUGGAGUCCCCGCAACUAUCAAGGCAUCAGAAAAGGCAAGGCUGAUGGGAUGGAACAUCAGACCGGGGGCAGCAGAGAAAGGCAACCUUGAUUUAACACCUGCCACUACUCUGGAAGGAUCAACAUUAGGAUCAGUCUUGGACCACGCCAUUACCCAGUACAAAAACAUUGUUGAUCUAAACGCGCAAGACCACCGAUUAAUAAAUUGGCACAUUGCCAAUCUAGAAUAUAGCAACGCUACAAAUCUGCAUAAGCUGAGCCUCGGUCUAUGGGACAUUGAUGCCGGCAACGAAUGGGAGGGCAACCACACCAUGGUUGUCGGCGGCUAUCAGAGUGUCGCCCGUGGCCUGCUCCAAUGUCCAUCGCCGCUCGACAUUAUGACCAAGUUCCCAGUGCAGAAAAUUACCUACAACGGCGAGGGUUUUGAUGGAGUAGCUAUCAUUGAAAGCGAAGAUGGUACACAAGUAGAGGCCGAUGCCAUCGUCUGCACUAUACCCCUUGGCGUCCUCAAGCAAGGUAGUAUUGGCUUCGAGCCUCCGCUGCCUUCGGAGAAGACGGAUGCAAUUGGUCGACUAGGGUUUGGUAUCCUCAACAAGGUUGUCUUGCUUUACGACAAGGUGUUUUGGGAUUCAGACAGACAUAUCUUUGGUGUACUCCGAGAUGCGACCAACCGUCAUAGCACAUCUCAACAAGACUAUAGCACAAAUCGGGGACGCUUCUUCCAGUGGUUCAAUGUCACCAAUACAACUGGUCUGCCCUGUCUAAUCGCACUCAUGGCCGGAGACGCUGGCUUUGAUACAGAGCAUACGAGUAAUGAUAGUCUGGUUGCCGAGGCCACGGAGAUACUGAGGAGCGUCUUCGGCAAAGACGUCCCUUAUCCCAUAGAAACGGUAGUGACGAGAUGGGGCUCCGAUCGGUUUGCCCGAGGCAGCUACUCUUCGGCUGCCCCCGAUAUGCUGCCAGAAGACUACAACGUCAUGGCGCAACCCGCGGGCAAUCUUUUUUUCGCUGGAGAGCAUACCAUCGGCACGCACCCAGCGACCGUUCACGGCGCAUAUUUAUCAGGGCUGCGUGCUGCAUCCGAAGUCUUGGAAGCAAUUAUUGGGCCCAUUGAGGUGCCGACUCCUCUCGUUCUCCCAAGGGACUCACUUUUGCUGCAUAAACGUAAGGAGGCGGCCAAGGAUCCCCGGCAGGCACGCUUAGAAGCAUAUGAGAUAGAGGUAUGGGAGCACGUCCUCUCCAAGAUUGGCGACCGGCCAUUGCGCCCGAACAAGGUGUCCGGUAGUGCCUACAUCUUAUUCAGCAAGGCUCAUUUUGAAGCCGCAAAAAAGAAAUGCGAAGAAAGCCGCAAACCCGGCAAGACACGGUCCCUGCCAAACGAGGUUCGCAUAAUGACAUCUCGUAUGUGGAAAGAGGCCACGCCGGACGAAAGAAAACCAUAUGAAGAACAGGCCGCCGAGCAGAAGAAGCUUUACCUUCAAGCGAUGCAGGAGUAUACUGAGCUGGCGGAGAAGUGGGAUCGCCAAGCCAUCGCGCUCCGAGCUGCCUACGAACAGGAGCAUCCUAGCUUGCCCGGUCCGGAGGAAGGGCCGGAGGAUGCGUCUAUGAUGCAGAAGCAUCGGCGGGCGAGGAACGUGAGUUAUGCAGAGGGUGGAGACAGCGAUGUGGAAUUAUAA